GUGCUCGCUGCCACCCUUCGAACAGCGCCGGCAAGGACAAGUUUGGGUGUGCUAGGUGCCCACAGCGGUGGGGCAAUGUCGGUGGCAGCGGAUUGGGCUUGGUAUCCUUUCGGCCAGUCAAAGACGAUCUUCCUCAUUCGCCAUGCCCAAGGGCACCACAAUGUUGCUGGCGAGAAGGACAUUGCUGCCUACAAGUCGUGGGAUUGGGCGGAUGCGUCGUUGACCCCCCUUGGUUUUUCACAAACACGCUCCCUGCGGCGCCACCUGGCCCAGCUCUCGCCCGCUCCCCGCCUAGACCUCGUGGUCGUAUCCCCGCUGACCCGCACGCUCCAGACGGCGUGUGCCGUCUUUGGGACCCCGGCCGAUGAGAAGCCCCCUAGCGCGGGCGACCAGCAGGCUGCACCGGUGCUCAUGCUGCCAUCGGACGAGGCGCCAGGCUUCACAAGCAGCGGCGCCCCCCCAUUUGUGGCCACGGAGCUCUGCCGGGAGCACUACGGGCUGCACCCCUGCGAUGCCCGCCAGAGCCUCUCGCACUACGCCAAGACCUUCCCCGCCGUCGACUUCUCCCAGGUGGAGUCGGAAGAGGAUGUGCUGUGGAAGCCCGACAUCCGCGAAAGCGAUGACGAUCUGCUGGAACGAAGCCAUCACUUUGUGAAGUGGCUGUUGCAGCGACCGGAGGAGCGCAUUGCCGUGGUGACCCACAGCGGCUUCCUGCACGCCCUCCUCAGCCACGCCGGCCACGACUGCCCGCCCCCGGUCCAGGACUAUCUCCGCACCGGGUUUCGGAAUUGCGAGCUGCGGGUUCUCACACUUGCAAACAAGCGGAAUGGAUCGGUUGCGCCCACAAGCAUCGGGUUGAACUUCCCGGGGGGCCAUCCGUCUGGACCCAGCGCUGGCUCCGACCUGCUUGACGACGUGGAAGGAACCGUGAAGGAGCAGGAGGCAAGCGAUGAUGCAAAUAAGAGUUGACGGGCGUUGAUUAUCUCACAGACAUUCUUAUGCACGCAUAGUUGUUAAGCUGUUACUGCUCAAAAAGGUUAUCCAGAUUCUGACGUCAUUUUCCUGUUGAAUCGUUUUACGCUUCACCCGAAUUUCUCGCUGACAGCGACAUCAAGCAUGUUGCAAUAGUGGAAUAGUUGUAGCUUGUUUCAACGAACGCUCUCAGUGGGACAAGCCUGGGCACUGAGUUGGGGACGAUGUAUCGAUGCGUCCCGUCCUUGUCCAUUAUUUUCCCUUUUCCAUGUUGGGUAUGUUUUUG